AUGGACGUCGAUCAGGCCUCUGAGCCACAGACAUCUGAAAUCUACCAACCUCCCGACAUCCCCGCCAAUCCUCAGUUCCCCUUCUACAGCCAGAAUGUGUCCCUCUACGAACCCAUAUACCCCACCGGCUGGUCACAGCCAGUAACGAGCAGCGAAUACCAGCACCUUCAACACCUCAAGAACAAAUAUGUUCCGUCUCUGCGUGGCGUCUUGAUUAGUUACAAGAAUGUCGCACUUGGCGAGAACCCAGGGCGCACAGGUGCCGCAACUUCAGACGACGACUCGGCCAUUCUGAAAUCUGUCAACGAGUUCGGCGUCGGUUUUGGCUGGAUCACUGCCGAGGUCGAGUUAUUCGUUCCUAGCCGUGGUGCGUGGAUGGAAGGUAGCAUCAAUCUCCAGACCGAAGGCCACAUUGGUGUCGUUUGCUUUGGCCAGUUCAACGCAUCGAUUGAAGCUCGACGUUUGCCAUCUGCCUGGAAAUGGGUCUCAAACGAGGAUCCCGAGGCUUUCGGCAUGGAAGAGACGGCAUCAGUGAUUACCGCCGACGACCACGGAGUAGUGCGCCAGAUUCACAGCACCGGUUUCUGGGUUGAUGGAAGCGGAAACAAAGUUAAGGGCAAGAUUCGCUUCCGCAUUCGCAACUUCGAUGUCGGUGUUAGCGGCGAGACGAGCUAUCUCAGUUUGGAGGGUACCAUGUUGGACAAGGAGGCGGAAAAGGCACUUGUUAGAGAGGAAGCAGCCACGGCUGCCAUGAGAAAAGGAAACAAGGGCCGCAACGCCCACCGAAGAAGAGCACCGGAGUUUGCCAUGACACGGUUUAUGGACGAGGCGGAGCAACCGGCUGAGGAACCAGUGGCGGCUCCCGAGCAACUUGUGAGAUUUACAGACUGA